AUGUCAUCUGCUCAUCUUGUUCAACGCAAGUACAGUUACACUCCUUUGAAGACAUGUUCUAUUCCGUCAACGGAACUAGAAGUUCUUUGUGAAUCAUCGGUAGAUUUUGAAAACCUAAGGAUACAUGGUUUCAAUACAAAUGCUGAAACGAUGGAACAAGGUUGGUCAAACUACCUUGAAAGAUUGGUUGGACCAAUAUAUCCUGCAUUAGUAAAGGAUUUCUGGGUUCAUGCAACAGUUACUCCAAUAGCUAUCAUCUCUUUUGUGUUAGGGCAUGAGGUUGUGAUAACUGAGAAGUUGAUCAGAAAGCUGUACAAUCUAGAGGAUGAAGAUGGAAUCACAGGUGCUCUUCCUGGAAGAGUUGAUUGGGAAACAGUUGAUAGAGAAAUAUCUACUGCUUCUGGUGUUGCAUCUCAUCAAACUGGUUCGUUGAAGCCGUUCUAUAGAGUUUGCGCUGAGAUUAUUCUAGGAUAUCUCUAUCAUAGAAAGCGAUCCUUUACCUCUACAUAUAUAAAUCAGGAUCAGAAGUUUGCUCUUUUCUGCAUUGGAAAAGGAAAUGAAGUUAAUAUCUCAAGCAUUCUUCCAACAUUUGAAAACAAAUAUUGA